AUGCGACUGACUCUUUUCCUCUUCCUUUUACUGAUCCCCGCCAGCAAUGCCAUGCCUUUUCUCGCAGCCAGAGCGGCCAUGCAGACCGACGAAGCGAUUGGCGACAGCACGGCGAAGCCGCUCAUCGACAACGACCAAAAGCGGCUGAAUGAGAGUGUUGUUCAAGAGUAAGUGUUUUUUGGGAAGGCAGGGGCUUCAAGUGGGACACAGAAAUUUUGGUGAAACCUGGGACAAAUUUAGAUUUUCUCUGGAGCUGAUUCGUGGCCUAUGCUUUGCUCGUCCAUGGGAAUGUCUGAAAAUUUUAAAGAAAAUCUGGGCGUCGCACUGUGAACUGGAGCCUUCCUUUGAUUUGGAUGAAUCUCGAUUUUACUCAAAAAAGGAGAAUCCAUUACGUCCCAUUAGGUCCUCAAAUCCUCUCGUACAUCAUUUUCUUUCAGUCUGAAACAAUUGGUCUCCGAUGCCGGUGGAUUCAUGCACAGUACGGCCUCCAAAAUCUGGUCCUUGGUCACGUUCACGGGUCGCGAAAGUUUUCACAUCAACACAGCCAGCAUUGAUCCGAAUCUCAUGAAGCCUGUGAACAGUCCGUCAGCCAAUGAGACGGGAGGUCACGAGGGCAUCAGUCGUCCCGAUUCCUACAACCAAUGGCUAAUUGUCAACGCUCCAUUGGCCGUUUGGUUUGUCUUCAUCUUGUGUGUCUUGUUGUGCGUCUGCUGUCUGUGCAAAUGCUGUUGCUGAUUUGACGUCUUGGCGAAUAAAAACUGAUUUCCCAGUUGUGUUAUUGUAGUAGUCGGUCUAGAUUACGGUUGAAGAAUACGAAGCUUUUAUCAUGUGUUUAACAUAAACUAUGGCUAAUACCAUUAACACUAAUGCUACGCAAUACUGAAUCAGUCGUCCGACAAAGUAGCUGACGGCUCAACUUUGGGUUGAAAACUUCCAGAAAAUGCGUCAUCAAGACACAAAAAUGGGUGAUCAUUUAUACAUGCAAAUCAUAAUCUUUUCCGUCGAUAAAGGCCUAGACUGGUCUCGUAACUCUGAAAUACAAAAAUUCAGCUCAUUAACGCAUCGAAUUCGCCGAAAAUCAACGAGAUCAGCCCAGGAUGACAUAUUUUUUGGACUGUUUAUUUUAUGUCAUCUUUCCUUUUUUUCUCUCGGAAUUUCGGCCCAAGUUUCCUGAAUUUCUGGAGGUUCUCCAUUUUUCUUCUCCAUCAACGGCAAGACUCGGUUGUAGGAAGUUAGCGCAGCUUCUCAAUUUAUUCAAUUUUCACGGAUUUACAGGUAAUAAACAUCUUUUACCAAGGGUUUAUCAAGUCCUUCUCUAGAUUAUGGAAAGGCGCCGUCUUCGAAGCCAUCCUCAACAACAAAGUAGACGUAAUCGUCGUCCAGCACGUAGAAACUCUUCGUUGGACCAUUUUCCAAUAAGUGAACCGACUCCAAGCACACCUAUUCCCAACUUUCCAAAUGAGGUAUGUUGUUAUAGAUUCGUACUUGAUUUUUAGGUAAUACUGGUAACCUGGUUAUCGUUUUUGGUCUUUUACGUUGAAACUACUCCGGUCUUUUAUUUCAUGGAUGGUUUAGAGAGAUUCGAAAAGAAUAACCGCAUUGCUCGAGAAUAUUUCUUUUGUACCUUGUGCAAUUUAGAAAAACCCUUUCUUGGAUUUGUAUCUUACUGACUUAUUUUCAGACAAUUGGACACUUAAUGUUAUACCUUGAUGCGCAAUCAUUACGAGCAUGUAGUGAAGUGUCAAGGCUUUGGCGACAACUCAGCGAAUCCGAGCGUGUCUGGCGUGCGAAAAGUGAGGAAGAAGGAUGCGACUGGUACGAACUUUCCAAGCUGUAUGUAUUUAUUAUGUUUAUCUGAUUUUAGAUACACUGAGGAGUCAAUCGGAAAAAAUAAAGCCUUGUCUGUCUUUUGCUAUAUUACACUUGAUCGUUUUAGAGUGCGACAAUUCAGACCCUUAUCGUUCUAUGACAACAAGCUCACUCGUCGCACCUAUCGUCUUCCGAUGUAUGCCGGGUUUCCCUCUGCUCCAUUGGCGUAUCCUUUGCAAAGUUACGGUUGUGUUCAUGACCGGGCCAUUCUGAAAUGCGCCUACAUGGCCAAGAUGCGGACUGUUGGGAAUUGGGUAAAGCGAAGGCCCAGAUCCGUCAACACACUUGAUUGCCCUCAGUCUGACUAUUUGGUGGAUUGGGACGAGCACGGAAGAGUUAUGGCAUUUGUCGGCUCGGAUCACAGGAUCACCAUCUUCUCCAUGCUGAAAUCUGAAGUAAGGUUUUUAUUUUUUGUUGAGUUUUAGAUAUUAACACUGAUGAAGAAGCAGUAAGGAGUGUGAAUCGUUUUAGGUCGAAGUUACCUUCUAUUUCCAUCAAAGUCAAGUUGUGAACAUCUGUGUCGCCGGCGAUGCAAAAAUGAUAAUGUCAGCUGACAGAGAAGCCAAUGUCGUCUUCUGGAACGUCCAUAAUGGCCUACAGUUUGCUCAGAUCAAGUCUACACAUGGUCAAGCGGAUGCGCUGAAACUUUGGUGCGAUGAGGAAGGGUAAGACCACCAAAAAAAUUCAUUGGCAUACGUAAUUGCAGGUAAUCAUGUAUAAUAUUGCAGGGAGAAGUAUUUGGGCAUCCUUUUCAACUCGGACACUCGUUAUGUCACAUUGUGGAAUCCACUGACCAAACAACAAGCUCAUACACGUCUGCCACAGGUUGUAGAGAUUGCCAAUAAUAACAGGAAUCCGGACGAAGAACACGAUGAUGAAGUGGAAUUUGAUGGACAAAGGGCGAUAAUCUCGACAGGGAAUUCGGUAUUCGUUCUCUCCGUGGAUAAUAACAAGGUCUUAGUGACGCAUGUCCUCAGUUUCCAUCAAAAGAACAUUUUUGCUAUGGUGGUAAGUGAGUUAAGAUCAUGGAUAAUAUAGUAAUGGUGGGUUUGGGAAAAUUUUAUGUUCGAGGAAGGAUAUAAGGCUGGUAUUUUCAGUACUGCCCCCAACGGAAGCUCUUGGUCACGUCGGACGAUAAUAACAUUGUUUGUGUUUGGAAUAUCAACACUGGUCGUCUGGAUCGACAUCUCGCUCCACAUGGGCCCGGAAUGGUCUUGACGAUCGCUCUGAAUAAGAAGGGCGACAUCCUCGCGACCUCGGGAUCAGACAGAUGCUUGUGUAUUUACAGCACGGAGACUUUGGAGAGGAUCAAUGUGUUUACCGGAAGAGACGUCGGAAUCAUUGAUGAAAUCCGUUUCAUCGACAACCGACUGAUGCUGACCAGCUCCACGGAUGGACGAGUAAAGCUGUGGGAUUAUCGAGCGGGUAGGAAGUUGUACUUUGAGAUUAGUUUUCCCUCUUUUAGGCCGCCAUAUUCAAGAUCUGAUGGAUCUUUCGGCCGCGCCACGCCGAAUGCGCAUCGGCCGAAUGUUCGCAUCCGAAACCAACUUUUGCUGCAUAAUUGGAGAGAAACGCGGCCUCCAGGCCAACAAGGUCAUCAUGAUGGACUUCUUCGACGCCAUCUGA